AUGGUGGGUAAUAGUAUAGCGUGCCUUGCAGUUUCCCUUGGUUUGUUUUUGAUACUACCGUUAUUUGUAUGGGAUAUCAUCGCUGCUGUUCGUUAUGAUGAGUAUCGCGACAAUCUAAAAUCCUAUACAAACACGACUUGUCUGCUGCUCAAUUACACAGCCUAUGCUCGUCCGUGCCAGAAAUGCUCAAAUGAAUCUCUGUGUAGAGAGAAUAUAUGUUAUGAUGAACACUUUACGUUGUCGUAUUCGAUCUUGAAUGCAAGUAAUAUUACAAGUACCAUGACGAUUUCCAGUAGUAGAGAAAAUCAUACAGAAAAAUAUCAAAUUGAACAAAAGUACCCUUGUUAUUAUCGAAUAGAACAAGUGACAUUGGUUAGGAUGAACAUUCCAGAUGGAGGAUCUCUUUCGCGUCGAUCACACAUUGCUCAUUUUGUUUUCGUCGUAGCGCUUCAACUAUUUGUUGCUUUUAUAAUUUAUUAUCACGAAGAGAUCAAGAGAGAACUGUUGGAAUUUUACAAACGAUCAAAACACCUCACACAAAAAGCAUGUAGACAAAUGAAAGUAAUUUGA